CUGACAUUAGCGACCAUUGCAUCACACACAUUCGUUCUUUUCGUCUUCAUCAUCUUUUGGGUUUUUUUGAGUACGGAGUAUCAUAUUCACUGUUCGCAUCCUCUUGCGUGACCACCGAACUGGGGUCCCCGUCUGUUUAGCGAAACGAGCCCCAAGAGCGUUAGGUCAGGACGACUGGGAGGGGGGAAUUCGCCAUUGUUACAGUGGAGAAGCCGCUGCAAGACACAGCCGAGAGACACUGGAGUUUCUCCCCCCAAGGGCCAGAACAACGAGAACAAGAGUCAACAAUCCACGGAAACACACACACCCACACAUCAAACGGGACACACCUGGGCAGAAAAAAACAACAUACGGGGACUUUUCAUUGUGAAGGAGAACAACCGACGGGAAGGCAAGCCAGGUGGGCGAAAAUAACGCGACGCAGACCGCGUAAACCGCCCUUUUCCUCCACCACCACCACCACCCCAGCCCAGCCCAGUUAUCGCUCCUUUUGCUCCUCCCAGGCUCCCCGUCCCGUCUUCCAUCCCCCCCGCCCGUCAAUCAAUUCCCUCCCCAGCUAAUUACCUAUCGUCUAACUACGGUCUUGGGUGCCCGCGACCGUUAGCAGAUGCCUCGACAGCGGACAUCACCACCUGUGUGACCUGUCUAGUGUCGUCCGCGUACCUCACCUACCUACCUGUGCAAACUGUACCACAGCCCACCACCACCACCACACUCGACUGCACCGCACUGUUCCUCCACCACACCGCACACCCGAUCCUCGUCGCAACCCUCACCCGUCACCUCGGUCACUCCUACACCUCCGACCACCAAAUCUCCCUCUCCUCUCCUCUCGCCGGCCUUGUUGCCGUAUAUCGUCUUUAUCGGUGUUUGAAUACACCCUUCAACAUACUCGGUCCCUGCAUCCGCCCGCCUCUCGAAGCCUCCAUCAUCACACUUCAGUCGGGCGCAUCACCAGUCUGUCCGCCAUGGACUCUGCCUCCAUCCCGCCCCGGCUGGGCCACAUACACGAAUCCGACCGACAACAUUUCAAAAUGCACUCUCCCGCGACCCUUCAAGACACGGGAUUGCUGCCGGAUAAAGCCGCUCGUCGUGCUCUGCAGCCCUUGACUCGACCCCAGGCCGUCGCCUUCCCCGACGCGCUCCCCAACGACAAAGCCGCAUCUUCCUUGGGCGACGCGACUGCGAAUCACCACCACAACCUCCACAGCCACACCCACGCUCACCUUCAUGCACAAGGCCAACAACCCCGGCCCAGCUACCAGCAGCCCUCGCAAUCCUUCACAACAUCAAAUCACCUUCCUCGCAUAGCCGAUCAACAACCUCUCAAGACCACUUCAAUCGCUACUUCCUCCGUACCUUCUCAGGUUACUCCAUCCACCCACCAGCGACCGCUCCCCUCCUCUGACUCGCAGACCUCGAGCCUGUCUGCCGAACCCGCCAACGUCUUCACGCCGCCCGCCAGUCAGGGUGACAUGCCCGGAGGAAGCCUCAACGGUCACGAUUCCAGCCAAGAGUCACAAUUACUUCAGUUAUCCCAUAUUGCCGCCGCCCAGGACAAGUUGGCCGAGGACAAUGUCAUGGCAACUGCCCGGAAGCGAAUGGCCGACGGUGCCCUUAAGGAAAACACCUCUCCCGUUCGAAUGGGCCAUUCGAGGAACACGAGCACCGUCAGCAUGGCCUCUACUACAGCCAGCAGUAUCGGUGAUUGGUCCAGCGACCUCAAGACGCGCCUCUCGUACGCAAUGCUCAAGGUCAAUCACGGCUGGCAAUCACACUCCAUUGAUGAGGUCGAAUCCAUGGCGUCCCAGGCCGCCUCGCCCACCUCGAGCCAUUCCACCUUGCACGGCCGUCAAGAGCUGUCUGCAAGUCCUCGCGCCAACAUGGCCCGUUAUCAACCCGUGAGCGCUGCCACCACGGCAAGCUCCGGCCCCAGCCCUGCAACCUACGAGUCCUUCUGGAAGGAGGGCCCAAGAUCCACGCAUACCUCUGCCUCUCCUCCCGCUCCCGUCCAGAAUCCAAACGUCCCUACACUUGCACCGCCUGCUCCGAUUCAACCGUCAAGGCCAAUGGGAGGUCACAACCCCCGCCGUAAUUCAAAUCCUCGCUACACUCCGACUCUUCUCUCCCACUCACACAGCGCGUCACCGCAUACGCCUUCUCAACCAAACAAUAAUGCGACGCCAAAUCAGAGGUUAGGCCGGACUCCACUCAUCGACCCGAUCCUCUUCUCACCUCAUCAAAACGUUAGAGAGCAGGACGCCAUCGAAUCACUACUCUUCAUGAGCAGUCCCGGAAACUCGGCCAACAUGAAGCACAACUACUCGUCAUCAGCAGCCUCAAACCUGCCUGGUCGCCAUGCUCUACCCAGCUCACAACCCCGUAAAAGCCUGCCCUCGCAACGGCCCCUGCCGCAGAAACGGGUGGGUUUCGAGAAGAGCCCCGGAGGCAUGACGGCAGUGAGCGACAUGGACAUUGACAUGGACUCACCUCAAUCACGAGGGCCAAUGAGGAGGCGAAUCAACGGAAGUGCCAGCUUCUCCGGAGGGGCCAUUGGCAGCACGCUGCGUCCACAAUUGUCUUUACCAGCGGCCCUUGGAAGCACCUCACGACCUCGGCCGCGCUUAGCGGACGCGGACAUUGAGCGGAUGAUUGAUCAAGCAGCGCAAGCCGGCGACAGCUCUGACGACGAUGACGGCGAAAUUCAGAUUCCAGGGAGAAAUCGGCCAGAAGGGGCCGUAGGAGUAUGAGUGCCGUGUUUUGUCCUAUUAUUUUUGUUUUCUUCGCAUGGAUGAUCACCUGGGGGAUCUGCAUUGCUUUUGUUUGGACUGCAUAUACACACGUGUUUUGGCGCCGGAAGAACCAAGGUUGCAAGGUUCCCGGGAGAAACGUGACGAUGACGACGAAUUUCUUUUUUGCUUCUUUUGGGACACAUAUAUACACCUGCUCGUUGGAUACUGUUCGCCCGAGGCCGGGUUCUCAGUAUUACACGGGCAUUUAGCUGACUGGUUUUGCCCGUCUUCCACACCAGGGAGGGGGCUUCAUUUAGGGAGCAUAAGGGAGGCCUUGCACCUCUGACGGAGUUUUGAAUCUCGGAAUUUCUCUUUUCAGGAUAUUAUUAUAUGCAUUGCAUGGCUGAGGCCACGAGUAGCAUCA